AUGGCGAACAACAACGCCGACAAUCGACACGUUUACGAGCCAAGUGACUCGUUUGACUGGCUCGUCAAUCACCACCGGGCAAACCUUGUAUGGCCCAUAUCAAACAGAGACUCGUUGAAUUUUUGGAUUCGUCAUCUUCUGCGCCGGGGCCAGGACGAGAACCUAAGCGGCAGAAAAGGCUUCCCAGUCGAUUUCACAGAGCUACAGAGAAUGCACAUGAGAAAGAUCCAAAUUAAAUUGAUCCGUCAUGCAGCGUCCAUGGUUCAAGAAGGAAAGGAACCCACCAAUCCCAAAGGUGACAAGGGGAAUAAUACAGAAUGCAGUUGGGAGCAAGACCUCCAGGCGUACAGUACGAAACCACCAAAAUCGGUCCCGCAUCACAGGAUGGCUGCUAACAUAAUCUCGACCAUAGUAAAAGCCGUCCAAGACUAUGACUACAUGGUCCAAUUUAUCAGGACACGGGACGACCCCUUCAUUGCAUCCUCCGAGCGGCGGGUCGACCAUAAGAUCCUCAUUCAAGAAAUGGACAAGGCCGGGAUUGACUUUGCACGACUCGCCCAUCUCGAGAUUGGCCUUGGAGGUGGCAAGGCAAUCGUGAUUCCCGCCGGUCCAUGGAGCCCCAACGACGAGCCGAUCUGGGGAAAAAGAUAUCUCAGCAACAUGAGGAGUGAAUUGAGACGUGUUUUGGAGCGCUGCAUGGCACUCGCGGCCGCGUACGCUUUCCUUGUCGCGCCUAUUGUGCUCAUCUUUGCUGAGACGCUGACGCCCGCCCCUAAAGACGGCUUUACAGCCAAUCUGGCGCCGGUGAUUAUAGUCGUCAGCUUUGUGGCGGUCUGGGUGGUAAUCAUGAUCUCGUGGGUCGAUGAGGUGAAGGACGUGGUGCCCUUGACGGCAGGGUAUGCCGCGGUGUUGGGCAUUAUUCUUAAUUCGGCGGCAUCGUUGCGACAAGCGAUGCUUUCUCAUGCUGCUGGUGCUGGCCACUGA